GUAAAAAGUUAAAUAAGAACUUAAUUUUAGGACUGAGGGAGUAAAACAUUGUCAAAAUAUGUUUGAUUUUAAUUACUAAACAAUAGCGCCAUAAAUGUCUAGCUGCCCAAAAGAGUUCAGCAGUCCGGGUGAUUCCACUUCCGGACCAAAUGCUGCUCGUCAAUCGGCCCAGAAAAUCAGCCCAUUCAUUUUAAAAUAUAAACCACACACCCAACCCUACAUAUCAUUUGCUUCUUCCGCCGCAUUUUCUUCGUCUUCUUCUCGCGUCGUUACUUCUUCCUUGUCGCGCGACGCACCCCUCUCUAUCUUCUAAUCCAUAUUAUUUUCCCGUUUGUGCGUUUGGCUAUUUGCUAUUGUAUUCUUUCAUUCUCGAUUUUUUGGAUGUUUUUUGGCUCAGUGGAAAGUGCAGUGUUUGAUCGGCGAAGGCUUCAAACAUGUAUGGAAGAGUACAUAUUUAAUAUUUUCCACCCAAAGGUAUGAUACAAUCUAAAUUUAUAAAUGUUAUAACAUUUC